AUGUCUGGGAUGCUAGUGAUGGCGUUACUCUCCGUGAGUGUGUCGCUGUCGCUAUGUGUUGUGCCCGGCCUAGCACGGAUCACGGUGCUUUCGAGGCUCGUGCAUAAGUUUACGGCCGUUUAUUUGACUGACAGCAUUCAGAUUGAGUAUUAUCUUGGCUCGUUUGACGUGCGUGGACGACGUGGCACCGGGACGGUCACGGAGCAACUGCGUGGCGUGACCACUCACUGUUUUAUGUGA